GGGGAAGAAGCUGCAUUCUGGGGUUAGGUCUAGGGGAUCAGGGGACGCAUUCCAGCUGGACUUUCUUACGUGCUGAGAAGCAAUCCAGCCCCCUUCUCCAUGGCGACGAUGAAGCGGAACACCGGCACGGUUACAGUAGAAGAUCUGGGCCAAGAGCUGCUCGCUUCGAUUUUCCUCAAGCUGGGGCCAAGCCCUAUGCAUUUGGUGGCGCUUGCAUGCGUAUGCAAACGCUGGAGACAAGUGAUGGAAGGGGACCUCUGGAGGCAGCUCUGCUUGGAAGCGGCGCCGGCGUUAUGCAACUCUCUGUUGUACAGCGUUACUUCGGCAUCUCCUCCAGGGGGUUGGCUAGGUGUUUACAAGCUCUUGCUCUACUGCCCCGGUCUUGAGACUAGUGCCAACUGGGAGCGUGCUGAGAGACUCGCCGGUGUCUACGAAGACAUCCUGGGACACAUGCAUGAAACAGCAAGCGGUUUCCAGACGGGGCCUCAAGUCAACAAAGACCUGGGCUUGAUGGCACAGUUCGCGUCAGAUGUUCUCUUUGUCAGCAGCCCCUGCUCGCAUGAGAUGCGGAGCCAGCGGUGCGGUUCCAUAGGGCUUCUGGGUAUGGUGUUCCGAGGUGUGGUCCAGAGGUUCGAGCACUCUGCAAUUGCGAGGAGAUUGGGAGCUGUCGCGUACCUGAACGCGCCUGGCUAUGCGCAGAAGCAACUGCAGAAGAUGGCAACGGACCUGUGCGCGUAUUGUCAGGCGCCCUUGGUGAUGCUCCCUCCUGCGAUCUUCGAUAAUCCAAUCUGUGACACUGAGCCAGUCCCCCGCGAUGGGAAGUUCAAUUUCCAGCUAACCAAAGGCAACGGCGUAAAUGUGAGCGGCCACUGUUGCCUGAAUGGCCACCUGAUUGGAGUCUACCAGGGUUGGGAUGGAGGCCAACUGCUCCACAGAGAAAAGUUUCCUGGUUCCGGGGCGGGACUGUCUGUGCAAACCUGCAGGAUUGGAAGGGUGCUGAGCUCUGCACUGCUGCCAAACCCAGAGAACUGCAGUUGCGACACUGCCGUCAAGAAAAGCCUUGACGCCUUCUCAGCAUCCAGGAGAAUCAAGCGCCUACUCGACAGGAUAGACAAAGAGGGAGGGGAGAGUGAGCUUUCGAGGGUCCAAGAAUGGUGGCCAGCAGGCGAGACACAGGUUGAGUACGAGAUUCGAAGGCGCCAAGAGAUUCUUGACACAGAGCUUGAGUGGAUCGAGAAGUUGUUUAAAGCUGACUUGGCCAGAUUCCCUGAAUCAGAGUUGGAUCUGGACAUUGGUGAUGAAACCCCCUUCUGGAGCAUCGAUGGAAAGGACCUUCAACGAAUCAAAACCUUCUUAGACAGCGUCCCGUACUCCGAGGGUGUUUUUCUGGAGUACUUGAAACAUAGGGAGCACACGACGUCCAUCACGCUGGAGCGGAUUCGGCGCAUGCGGUUAUACAAUCUGAAAGAGCAGGAACUAGAGGAGGCGAGAAAAAAACUGAUUGAGACAGCGUUGGCAGCAUUGGGUGUGCGAGUCACCACCCGCGGCCGGCUUCUCGGGCAGUGGCCAGACCCGCUAUCUGUGGAGAGAUACAUCAAGCUUGGAGACGUGUCGGUAUAUGAGGUCGUCAUGUGCCAGAAGAGAGAGUUGCAGGAUAGAAAGCUUGCGGCGGCUGCGCGUCAGAAAGCGAACAAAGAAGCACGAGAAAAGGUCAAGGAAAACGGAAAGACAACGAGGUCGUCCAAGUAGGUCCGGCAGAAAUGUGUCUUGUUUAGGAGGGACUCGGCCAGGGUAACCAUGUUUGCAAGUUGUGAGUUUGCGCAGAACUGUUGCUUUAUAGCGUCCGUGAUUAUCCAGUAUUCUGGUCAGAUACCAAGUCCUAGGGCUGCAGUGUUGCGGACAUCUGCAGUGCGCCUUCUGAAGCCAGUGAUUGACACGAAGGUCCCCCAGCAUACGUUGUACACGGGUAUCAGAACCUGCUUUUCUUGCAUUCAAGUCCCGACUUGUAUGGAAGUCGAACCUAAGAAACUGAUGCUUAGUGAUUCACGGAGCUUGAAAUGAUCACCUAGCACCACCAAGGUGCUAUUAACGAGCC